AUUUCGAAGUGUUCGAAGCCGAGGGAGAGGCAGCGGCGCGGCUCAGUCUGGUUCAGCAGCUCACGCAGGAGGUCACGAGUCGGGCCGAUGCCCUCGGCUGCGGUCAGGUCAUCGUGCCUCCUGGUCUCAUCGAUGAGGUCACUGCGCAAGUCCUGCGGCUCGCCGACUCCGAACCGUGUGGCGUGAGGGGCUGCGUCUUGCACGUGCACUACGACAGCGGGGACCAAAGACAGCGCCUCACUCGGGUCGUCCUUGACCCGACGAUGCCCAACACCUUCGAACUGUACCUCACCCUCAGACCCGACACCACGACUUGGUAUCACAAGAUGUCCAGAAUUAUCAAGCCCCUCCGGAAGUCCGGCCCUCUCCUCCUCAGCACCGACUUCAAGAUGGAGAAGAAGAAACUUUAUCCCGAGGAAUAAGGCUUUGGUCUCCUCGGACGGCGAGACCUUCCUCGCUGUCCGGAAUUUAGGCUCCUUGUUCGCCAUCGAUAUUGUGUCAGCUGUUCGCAUGUCCUCAUUGCCAGCCUUUUAGCAUUUCCAUUUUUCUGUCAUAUUUGUGCGUCUAGAAUGGCUGUCAUACUUUUGUGAAAAGAAUAUUCUUAGAAGAAUAUAUAUAAAUGUAUGUGUGUGUGUGUCUAUAUAUAUAAUAUAUAUAUAUAUAUAUAUAUAUAUAUAUAUAUUAUAUAUAUAUAUAUAUAUAUAUAUAUAUAUAUAUAUAUAAUAUAUAUAUGCACGUUUUGGAGGUUGUGUCCAAUGUCAUUUGCUAUCGCCAAACCUUAUAAGGGUUAGAAUGUGAAGAGCAAAUCCAUUUUUCGAAUCAGUCCAACUCUAACGGCGGUAAUUGUAUCACACAUAAAUAUGACGGUCAUGUGUCCAGAAGCGUCCUUCUCGUUGUGGAAAGAACCUCCUCAGGGGCAUUCGCCGGGCGGGGCGGGGCGAAGGGCCUCGUCUUCCCCUGGAAGGUCUUGCACUACUCUCCCUGAAGUUAUUCCAAGGCUUAACUCUAAUGGAAAGAAGCGCUCGCGCGCGCGCACGUGUGUGUAUUUGUGUGCGCAUGUGUGUACCUCGACCAGAGAAUUCAGUAGCUUUAACUGUUGCAACGCAGCCACGCACGAAACGGCGGCAGAAAUAUGACAGACAGAUGUGGCGCAGUGAGACGAACCCUGGCACGGCGGGUGUGCCCACGACAGCCUGUCUCGACACGAGAACACUGGCAGCAUCAAUUUAGUGAUGUCCAUAA